CUUCUCUCUCUCUCUCUCUCUCUCUCUCUCAGUAACGAGGAAGAAAUGAGUUUCUUCGAUUUGAAUGUGCCGUACCUGGAAGGAGGGGGAUCAGAGAAAUCAAUCUCCGAUAAGAGCGGUAAGAAGAGUGCGAGAUUGAAGUUUGUAGUGAAAGCGAUGGAGAUGGGCUACACCGGUGUCGCUUACAAUCGUUCGAUGACGGGCAUCAUGUCCGACUCCGAUCGCUGCACCAUCUCUCUUUUCCCUCUCUCUUCGCUCCUCAAAGCAGCUCCCACUCUAUCCACUUCCGUUAAGUUCCACAGAGAGAUUUUGGGGGUUCCCUUGAAUUCUCCCUUUCGUCAGUACACCCGCUUGACCGUUGUCGUCGACACCCCUCGCCAGGCCGACGCUUUGAAUUCUGGCAAUCCAGUGCUUAAGUCCUAUGAUUUGGUCGCCGUUCGCCCCUUGAAUCAGCUUGCCUUCGAACGCGCCUGUAAUGUUUCUGAGGUGGAUAUUAUUGCCAUAGAUUUCUCCCAGAGGCUACCAUUUCGUUUGAAGCUUCCCCUCGUCAAAGCUGCAAUGGAGCGUGGGAUAUAUUUUGAGAUUGUUUAUUCUCAUCUUAUCUCCGAUGUUCAAGCGAGGAGACAAUUGAUUUCAAAUGCCAAGUUACUAGUGGACUGGACACGGGGGAAAAAUCUUAUUGUCUCAAGUGCUGCUCUUACUGUAAAUGAACUGAGAGGACCAUAUGAUGUUGCAAAUUUAUCCAUGUUGCUGGGGCUCUCAAUGGAACGAGCCAAAGAAGCUAUUUCUAAGAACUGCAGGGCCCUAGUAGCUAAUGCCUUGAAGAAAAAACAAUGGUUUAAGGAGGCUAUAAAAAUUGAAAGAAUAUCACCCGACAAGCAAUUGAACUCUAAAGAGCAUUGGUUUGUAGACUGGCACAACUGGGAUGACAUCUCUAGUGGUGAGGGUGAUCUAAUGUUGGAUGAUAUUACAAAGUUUUUCUCUGCAUCUACUAGAGCACCCAAAACUUCGAAAGCCAUUGAUUUUAGUUCAAUAGCUAAGGGCAUGCUGCCAAACGAUAUGCAGUUAAAAGAUUUGGUGUCUGGCAGCGGUACAGAGUUGCAGACACCAACAGAUAAUACUGCAGAGCUGUCAUCCACCUCCAAGGAAUUUGGGGGAUCAGAUGUUGCUAAUGAGAUCUCCAAGCAUUCAAGUGGCCCUUGUGAAGUUCCAGAUGCAACACAAACUAUCAUGCCAUCAAAACAUCAAACCUUUGGUUCGGAAGAUCAUUUAGAUUCCUCACCAAAUGAAAAAUUGGCAGCUCUCCCUGUUGACCUGGAAAUGGAGUCCAUAGAAGGUUUGAGUGAAGUGGCCAAGGGUUUGGGAGGGUUAGAUGUAGUUCCAGUAGCAGUUGGAGCAACAUCCCUUGAUUCAUCAUCUCAAGAAUUCAUCACUAACCAGGAGACAGUUCCUGGGUUACCACAUAAAACAGUGUUGCUUGCUGCUACUGUUGAGGACAUUGAACCUUCAACUACAUUUGAUUCAGUGUCUAAAGUUUUACCAUCAAAAGAUUGUAUUGCUACUACUGAAGUUGAUCUCAUGUCACUUGUUGAUGAGAUUGAAGAUUCCACUGCUAAGCAAAAUUAUCUUUUUGGUGAAGAUUCUGACAGGCCGGCUUAUGUAGUUUUGGGUGCACCAGAUGUUGCAAUAAAUGAAGUCUUAGCCAAUAGAGACAUGCGGGAGCAGGCAGAAUUUGUUUCGGUUGCAUGUGAUGCCCCUUUGCCCAGAGAUUAUGCAGAUGAGGAACCCUGUGAGGAAUCUAGGAAUGCAAUACCUCUAAUUGGAGAUGCAAUGCAACUUGUGGCACCUUGUGGUGUAAUGCAAGGAGAUUUAGUCCAGGUUUCAGAUGAUCAGCCACCAGAGGAAUUUUUAGCUGAAAUGGAAGAGCAAAAGGAAGAACGUUCUGUUGACACCAUCCUCCCAACAUUGGACAAGUUAAGAAGAGGUAAAAGUAGAUUCCAAAGGGUAUAUCAUCAAGCUUUCCCAUUUCCUCUCAAGAGCAUGUUGAAGCCUGUACUUUUUAAGAAGAAAUAUGGGAAACUGAGAAAAAAGAUGAAAAUGGUGUAAGGAUUCUUUUUAUAGCAUAGAUCAUUCUAGUUGAUUAAUACAAGUAAAGAGAAAUAGCUGAUGAUGUUUCAUAUUUACUGUUAGAAUGGUUUUGAAGAGUUAUGGUCAGCCCUAUGUCUAAUACCCAAUGCCCUAACAGAGAAAAUGAUUGGAUGGGUUAAGGGAUACCUCAUACCGUUUAUAUUCUGAUGGUCUGGAUCAAUGUUACGGAUGUAAUUUAAUCACACCUGUUUGCAUGAUUGGGACAUAAUCUCCUCAUCAUGACGUUAAGUUUCCCUAUUGGGAGUUUGAAUAGGC